GCAACCACCCCCGCCAAUUCGCUAAUCCCGCUAAUUUUACUUGGAACCCUAGAGAGAUUUCAAUUAAAACUGCCAGGGUAUUUCGUCGCGUAAACCUUUGCGCGUCAAGCUCUGGACUUGGGUUCAAAUUCAACUACGAUGCCGCCAAUCAGGCUACCAUCGGUAUCGUCGCCGCUCUCUUCGCCAGAUUCCUUUGCGACCGCUACCGAGUCACCAUUGAAAGAUUUGAAUGGCGUGGUCACCGAUAUAAGCAGCCCUAUUGUCGAGACCGAAGAGGCCGCCAACAAGAUAUUCAGCAAGGCUAGCCAGCUGCCUCCCGAACUCAAACAGCACUGCCAGAUCUAUUUAGAAGAGAAUUUGUAUCUGAUUACUCUAAACCUCCUAAAUAGCCUAUUAUCGUCAAACCGCGGUGGCCCAAAUGAUCCUAACUACUGCCCCCCUCCUAGCCAACUAUCGCUUCUCAACACCGCAAUCGUACAUCCGAAAUUUACCACUAGACCGAGAGAAGAGGGUUGGUCUGAAGUAUCUGUCGAGUCGCUCGUCUACUUACGUAGUAUACUCUCUCGCUUCGGCCCUAUAAACAGUGGCUUCAAGGAAGCAUUUCGCUUUAUCAAUACCUCUCGUCAUGGCACCCCGGACUCGUAUUACAGUGACGAUCCUGGAUACGGUGAUGAUGAAGGUGGUGAUGGAUCGUAUGCGCAGUUGAAACGUGAAUACCACCAAGAUGGCAUAUGGCGCCGAGGGCAGGACUUUUUCCGCGUCGUCGGCUGGGCCUUUAACUGCAGCGUGCUCUAUCCAAAUCGCUGGCGACACUGGAAGCAUUGGCUUGAGUUCAUGUUAGACAUACUAGAGGAAGACCUGAUCCAGCGGAAAAAUUUAGAUGAGGAAAGCGACCAAACGGAUUGCCCAAUGCUUCGCGAUUCGAUUCUCGCCACAUACAUCGCCCAACGUUCCGGACGUGGCGCUGGUGGGGGUUUGAAAUGGAUUACGGAAGCUAUUUUUGCCGACGGAAGCGUUGCCGCAAGCGCCCGUUUCCAAGAAAUCUGGCAAAAGGAGCACAAGGAGAAUCCUAAGAGUAUUGUGAAGAAGAGGAAGCGCGAGAUGGUCAAUAUCGACAAGGGAAAUUUUGGGGGUUAUAUGGAUGAUGAGUCCGUAUCCUCUUCUCAGACGUCAGAACCCCCGACACCGCAGAAGCGCAGAACAAAUUCAGGACUGGGGGACCCAGAUUUCCAAGCACUGGAGCCUGCUUAUGUACAGUCUAUCCCCUUGCGGCAGCGCCUCUUCUCUUUAUUGUCAUACCUCUGCCACUACCUCCCGCAAUCAUCACUAGACCUCUCCGAUCUUUAUCAGGGAUUUGAGAAUACGGUGAAGUCAUUGCCACUACCUAUUUUCACUGCGUUCGUUAAUCACCGCACAUGCGCUUUAGAGUUGGUAUCCCAGAUAUCAACACUUCAAGGCAUUGCGAUAAUCUUGAUGCCCUCGUCAGCUUUAAAACCAGAGAAAGUGGAUCGCACUUGGCGAGAAUCAGACCGCAUCACAGUUGAGAUCCUGGAACGAUGUUUUCUACCCUACCCUGCCAACACUAUUGCCGUAGAGGAUAACGCGAAGCUUUCUGUGUUACUUGAAAACUUGCUUCAGAUUGUGUGGUGCGAUGGAAGCGAGCAGUUCAGCAAGAGUUUAAGAGCGGCUGUCGAAAAGGGAAUCGCCGCGAGAGAAACUAAAGUCAAGAAGAAGAAGACUUCGGCGCGUGGCCGAAUGAACGCCGAAGACCCAGAGGCGGAGGCUCACAUUGUGUUAGAAAUGUCUGGAAAGAGAUUACUUGCACUAGUCGAUCUCAUCGAAGGAGAAGAAGACGACGAUGCUGAGUUGACCGAAACCGAUCCUAUGGUUGAGGAUGAAGAUGAAGAUGAGAUAGAGGUCACCUUUAUGACAGCCAUGGAAGUCGAAGAUGAAGAGGAGGAUGAGAAGAAAUACUGUACGUGUAGGCGUAAGGAGUCGGGCACUAUGAUUGCCUGUGACAACGAUGCUUGCCCGUACGAAUGGUUUCACUGGAAAUGCGUCGGCCUCAAGUCGAAGCCAAGAGGCAAAUGGCUAUGUCCCGAGUGCUCAGGCUCUUCGCGAGGAAAACGUAAGUAGAGCUGUUUGUUAGUGUCACGAGGAUAUGGAAGAGUAGAAUUAAGUCGAGAUGAGCAUUGCCUGUCUAGUAUUUUUGUUGGCGCCAAAGCCAAGCCGAUAGAUGCACCAAUGCAUCUAUUAUGUGUGUUUAUUCCCAUGCUGUUUUCCCUUCGCUGUUCAUACGACGUAAUGAUAUACAUUUGCUGUACACGAUUAUACAAUGCCGCAAUAUCCGCGGCAACUUCACCGUUUCCUCGUCGACGUCGGAGUCCACGCCUCCGGUUGCCAAGUCUCUCCGGGACCGGUACUCCGCGCUGCUCGUUUCCAGGGGUCGUC